AUGGAUUUCUUGAAACAGAACGAUACGAAAGUAGAAUGUCGAAAUCAAAUUACUAUAAGAAUUGCAUCAAUGUCUAUUUACCUCUUAGGUUUCUUCUUCGCCAUGUUCUUAUGUAACUGUGUCCACCUCCUCCUUCGUCCUAUCUCCCAGCCUCGUAUCAUUGCAGAAUCCAUGGUGGGAUUGCUACUUAGCAAUCUUGAAUUCGUUCGUUCAAGGUUCUUAAACGACAGUGAAGUUCAACAGACAUUGAAUAACAUUGUGGAUGCUAUUAUGGUGUGUCACAUGUUUGUGGUUGGAUUAGAGAUUGAUCCAAAUAUAUUCCUCCAAUUAACUUUACCAGAGGCGAAAGUCGCGUAUUCAGGGGUACUUUCAACUUUUGUUUUAGCAUGUCUGAUCACUCCACUUCUCAAUAUAUCUAAACAAUCAAAUGCUGUAUUCAGUUCAUGCCUCGCGAUUGUGCUAGCUGGAACAGAUUCACCUCUGUUAACUCGAUUGAUAACUGAUCUGAAGAUUGGUAAAUCAGACAUUGGUAGAUUUAUUGUUGACGCGGGGAUACACUCUGAUGUUGUAUCUAUCCUGUUGAUUGCUAUUGGAUAUCUCAUAUUCGAUCCUGAUAAGAACUUUCAGAAUCGUAGUGUGAUAAUGAUGUUGAAGAUGAUGGCGAUUUUGGUGUUCCAGACGUUGUUAGCAUCGAAAGUAGUACCAUCUGUUAUGAAUUGGGUGAAUGAUGAAAAUCCAGAAGGGAAACCUAUGAAAGGAUCACAUUUAGUUGUUGCAUUAGCAUUUAUAAUCUUAAUAUGUAGUAUGUCACCUGUUGUUGGUUAUAGCAAAGUUUUGAGUGCAUUUUUGGUUGGUUUGUUUAUGCCAAGAGAAGGAAGAAUAUCAAAAAUGAUGAUUGGGAAAGUGAAUUAUAUUUUUAGAACAAUUUUUUAUCCAUUGUUUUUCUUUUGGGUUGGUACUGAGGCUAAACUUUCUGAAUUUGAGGCUGCUAAAAUUGCUUCAUGGGGUAAAAUUAUCAUUCCAUUUAUAAUCGCAACAAGUGGUAAAGUUGUUGGUUCUGUUGUUUCUGGAUUGUUGCUUGGAUUUCACUGGCCUGAAUCAGUUGCUACUGGAUUGUUACUCAAUAUCAAGGGCCAUUUUCAAGUCUACUUGGCUAUUAAUGCAUAUAGGAUGAAUGUCAUAAGUAUGUCAACAAGUAUAGCAUUGGUGUUUGUAACGUUUCUAACCAUAAUAUACACCCCGGUAGUUGUGGCAAAAAUUAUUGAACGUGCGAGGAGACGUUCACCAACACAGAAAAUGGCAUUACAAUGUGUCAAUCCGGUGAAUGAGCUACGAAUAUUGCUCUGCAUUCGCAGUCCUCAAGAUGUUAACUCAGCAAUAAACUUCAUGGAAAUUUCGCGAGGGCCAGUAAAUCCAGGGAUAAUGGUCUUCUUAACUGAUAUGAUCGAUUUAACAGAUCAAAUUGCAGCAACAUUGAUAACACAAGGCGAGGGAAUUGAUGCUAUAACUGUGACUGACCCUACUGUAGUUGAAAUGAGAGAGAAAAUCACUCAAGAUGUCAACGCUUAUUUAAACGACAACUGUCAAGGUGUUAGCUUACGACGAAUGAUGGCACUUUCUACCAUCAAUAACAUGCAUCAAGACAUAAGUAUCCUUGCUGAGGACCUUAUGAUACAUCUUAUUAUACUUCCUUUUCAUAAGAAUCAAGAGGAAGAUGGACGACUUCAGGUCGGUCAUACAGGCUUUCGUCAUAUCAAUCGUAAGGUUCUUCGAAAUGCACCUUGUUCGGUAGGGAUACUAGUAGACAGAGGACUUGGUAAAACAGUGAUCUCGAGAUCAUCCAUUUCCCUCAAUGCAGCAGUGAUAUUCAUCGGUGGAAAGGAUGACAGAGAAGCACUUGUGUAUGCAGGACGUGUAGCACGACAUCCUGGAGUAAAGCUAACUGUAAUUAGAUUCUUGUUAGAAGCCGCGGGAGAUAGUGUAUCAUCAAGAAUUAGUAAAGCAAAAGUGAAUACUAGUGAACAUUUAGAAGAAAUGAAGAUAGAUGAUGAGUGUUUUGCUGAGUUUUACGACAAACAUGUUGCUGGUGGACGUGUUGCUUACGUUGAGAAAUACCUAGUAAAUUCUGGACAGACAUUUUCGACAUUAAGGUCGUUAGAAGGGCAAUAUGGUUUGUUUAUCGUGGGACGGGGAGGGCGGGUUAAUUCAGUGUUAACAGUAGGGAUGAGUGAUUGGGAAGAAUGUCCUGAGUUAGGUCCUAUUGGUGAUAUUCUUUCAGCUUCUGAUUUCUCAGUAACUGCAUCUGUUUUGAUCAUUCAACAACACAGUCUUAAAGGAGAAUUAGAUGGACUUCAUGAUGAAUUCUCAAUCAUGUAA